AUGUCGGGGCAAAAUAUUGCAGUAAAACUAUGUGGAAUAUUGCAAUCUAAUGGCGAUGAUGAAGUAACAGCACGAGAAUGGCGUUUGGUCGGUCAAGAACAAGACGGGGCGCAAUUAUUGACAUGGAUAUCUGGCAAAGGCGAAGACGUGAUGAACAUUGGAGUAUACAUGAAUAAAGCAAAAACUUUGACUACAUUGUAUACGUUUGAGGAUAAACUUAAUAUAAUACAGGCAUCAGUAAAUUCAACUCAUAGUUUACUAGCUUAUGUGGUAAAAGUUUUACCUCCUGAUGACACCAGCGAGGAUUCUAAAACUAAAGAUGCUUUUUAUCAUCCCUACCUGGUGUCAUUGUUGCCUGACAAAGUAGGUGUUCCAGAAGCUGUAGAAGAAGCUUCCACAAAGCAGAUAAUGCUACAAUUUGUGUAUGGAAAGAGCAAUAAAUAUAGUCCUGGUAUAAGAAACGACAGAUUUUUGCUCUUUAAACACCUGGAAUGUAUCAAAAUAUACCGCUCACCAUUGUUUUUAAAUGAAUGUGACGAUGGUUCUGAGAAAUGGGGAUUUGAUGGCAUUUAUCCAGAACCUGAAACCAUUGUCAAUGUUUUUUCUUGGGCGCAAUGGGACUGUGUGAAUCAAGUCCUAUUCUACAUUCACUAUCGACCACCAACUCAGAGUUUUGCGGAAGGUGAAGAAGUAAAAUCGCCAUCAGAACUCACACCAACACUUUCUGCCCUACAAUUCCAUGCUGAUUUGCCUCAUGAAACAGUGCUCAACAUCCCUCUGAGUUUGCCUCACGUGCCGGGGGCGCACGGUGCGGCGGCAGCAUGCGGCUCGUACGAAGAUGACCCCAUACCCCUGCGCGUGCACGACUGUAGCUUGGACCUCUACAUCGUAUGCGACCAGCGAGGCUUACUUUGUGUGUGCCAUCAUUAUCUUUAUAAGCCAUUAGAUGACUCUACAAGUUCUCUGGUGCUCGAUGAUGUAGAUUUAAAAGAUUCGGGUGUUAAUUUCGCAUAUUCUGUGACGUUGCUGCACCACGGCUGUGUUGUGCACAGUGUGGUGCCCGACCUGCCGUGGUCCCUCGCCAAGUCACUGCGUCCAUCGUAUAUAUUAUAUAACGAUAACCAACUUUUAGUAAACAUACCGAUGCUAUUCACUCAUCUAAUAGACAUAAGUCCCCAUCACGAGCCAUGCUGUCAUAUAGUGAUACCCAUGGAGCCGAGUGAUAGUGGGCCCAGCCUUGCCCCACUGCUGGGAUGGGGGCCUCACAGCAUGGUGGAUUUGAACACCCUAGAUGUGGUCACUAUGGCUAUCACAGACAAGGAUCUAGCUACAACGUUCAAAAGCUACACGGGAAUAGAAAACAAAUUGGCUAUAAUGCAUUAUUUGAUACAACAUGAGAACAACAUGGAUUUGGCAGAAGAGCUGAUCUCGUGGCUGUGCGUGAACCAGCGCGACGGCGCGGGCGCGCUGCAGCGCGUCAUGCAGGAGUACCUGGUGGGCGCCACGCACGCCGUCACUCGCCGCUCGCUGCCCGCCUCCGCCGCGCCGCUCAUGGCCUGGCUGCCGUUCACUCUGCAUCUCAAGUUUGCUGAUAUUAAGGCGGGGCGCGCGUCGGUGUGCGUGUCGGCGUGCGCGCUGUGGCGCGGCGCGGGCGGCGCGGCCGUGGUGCUGGCGCCGCGGCAGCGCGUGGCGCAGUUCGCGGAGGACGUGUGGACGCGGCUGUGGGGCGCGCUGCACGCCGCCGCCGCGCCGCGCGCGCGCCUGCGCGUCUCCGCCGUCGCCGACCGCCUCGCCGUCACGCUCAAGUGCUACCAGCCGGAGGCGCUAUCACGCUGCACCACGCCGAUGUCGCCGAGCGCGCCGGCGCCGCGCCGCGCGUCCCUCGCGCCGCACGACGCGCUGCCCUUCGUCGAGCUGGACGUGUGCACCACCAGCCGGCAGGAACACGUUAUUGCUGCGAUAACUGCCUCGGUGAACCUGCGCGCGGUGAGCGUGCACCUAAUGACGGAGGGCGGCGCGCUGGAGAGCGGCGUGCACGCGCUGGCCACGCGCUGGGCGGCGGCGCAGCUGGACGCGGCGCGCGCGCUGUGCCGCGCCGCCGUGCGCGCCGUCGCGCCGCCCGCCGCCGCCGGCGGCUACCACGUGCGGGGAUUCCCCUUCGUAGAUGAACUGGAUCCGACACACGCGUUAUACCUGUUCAAGACGCUGGAGCAAUACUACGUGGCGACGGACUCGAUCGCCUUCCCGCUGCCGCAGGGCUUCAGCUCGUUCUUCACGUACCUCGGCUACAGGGCGCUGCCCUUCCACGCCUUCGCGCAGUACGUGCACCGCAACGUGCUCGAGCUGCAGAUCGACGUGCUCAAAGCUAUUAUAGCUACAAAGGACAUUGACGCGCGCACGGUGGACAACAAGCUGCGGCUGAUCCAGGCGGUGGGCGAGGCGCGCGGGCGGCGCGCGCUGGCGGCGUGGCCGCACCGCGCCGCGCUGCUGCUGCGCGCGCGCGACCACGCCGCCGCGCUGCUCAGCGGCGGGCCCGCGCCGCGCCGCGACCGCGCGCCGCACCGCCCCGUGCACGACACGGGUAUAGCAGCGCUACCAUCAGGUGAACGUUUGUCCCCUUUAGACACGUUCCUAGACCUCCUGACUGCGAAAGCGAGUCUCAAUGAACUGGAUUUCAAUCUAAUCAUCGAGGCGACGUUGGCGUCCGUACAACAAGAUACUAUUGCA